AUGAGCUCCCAAGGUGUCUCCCGCAAGAGACCUGCCCCUGGCACGUCGCCCGCCGUGCACUCUUUGGGUGCUCUGCCCAACUACAACCCGAACCCGGGCGCCCAAUUGUCGAACGAUCAAUUUCUUCAAUGGGGCCAGAACUCGGCUCCCAGCAUCGCCAACCCCUCCUUUCCCGACACCGCCCCCUUCAACAAUCUCUCCGCCAUCUCGUCGAAUCAAGAUAUUCCCCCCGUGUCGGCACCGGCGUCCGGCGUCCCCCCAGUUCCCUCCAACCAGCUGGCUCGUAGGCAACCGACUAACCAGCUUGUGAGCAGGAACCGGCUGUUUGAUCAGCCAGCUGCAAAUUUUCCAGAUCACGGUGGUGGGAACGGCGAGUCAGGCGCUUGGGGGGAGACCCUCGAAGAGCUCUAUGCCAGGGCAUUGGAAGCCAAGAAAGAGGCUCAGGCAAAACGCAAACAGAUCCCGCCUUUUGUACAGAAACUGAGCAGCUUUCUUGACGAAUCCAAAAAUACUGAGCUAAUACGGUGGUCGGAUGAUGGAAACUCCUUCAUUGUGCUGGAUGAGGAUGAAUUCGCCAGAAGGCUGAUCCCCGAACUCUUCAAGCACAACAACUACGCCUCGUUCGUGCGCCAAUUGAACAUGUAUGGCUUUCACAAGAAGGUAGGCCUAUCCGACAACUCGAUGAGGGCCAGCGAACGCAAGAAUAAGAGUCCCAGCGAGUACGCCAACCCGUACUUCAAACGUGGCCAUCCAGACCUUCUGUGGCUAAUCCAGAAACCGAAAAACACUGCGGGUCAAGGAGGCAAGGCUGGGAAGGGCGCGAUCAGAGUGAAGGCGGAGGACUGCGACGAUAACGAUGGCGACGAUUACGGCGAUGACGGCGUGCCCGUCUCGCAGAACGAACGGCCCCGGCCUCGUGGCCAACUGUCCCUUGUCAGUGGGAACCUGCUGCCCAAGGAACAAUUGGCGGGCGUCUAUCGGGAGUUGCAGGCUAUCCGGCAGCAACAGCAAAUCAUCUCGAGCACCAUCAGCAAGCUCCGUCGCGAACACGAGCAGCUGUAUGCUCAGGCGGCUAAUUUUCAAGAACAACAUACCCGUCACGAAAAUUCGAUCAACGCCAUCCUCACCUUUCUCGCCACCGUGUACAACCGCAGCCUGCAGGGCCAGGACGGGCCACAGAACCUGGCCAAUUCCUUUGCGGGCGCCAUCUCGCAAGAACAGGGCAAUGUGGUUGAUAUCGAUGACUACACUCUCGGCUCGUUAGGUGCCGGGAUGAACAGUCCCGCCGGUCAGCGGACAAUAAAGAAGCAGCCCUUACUCUUAAAAGCUCCUCCGACGGUGGCGGCGGCGGCGGCGCCAGCGGCGCCAGCGACGGCGACCACGCCGACUCCGUCGGAUCGACAUGGCCGGGCGACCACUAUGUCUCCCUCUGUCAGUAGCACGACCUACGACCGGAGCAAUCAUGCUCGGCAACCGAGCGCCACGACGCACACGGGUCAUGUGGAGGAAGUGUUUGAUACCAGCCCACGGCAGCAGAAUUAUAAUAAUAAAUCGCCGCCGGCCUCGACCGGCGUCGAUAGCAACGGCUUCCCGCCGCAACGGGAUAUCAUGUCGGUGAUCCAGAACUCGAACGCGCGCAGUGGCUUGCCAACGACCAGCUUUUCCGAUUUCCCCAACGUGCUCUCAUCGCUCGAAACGUCGGGCGGGAACGUGCCCCUAACGCCAAACCAGCGCGCGGACAUGCUCCGCCUGAUGGCCAACGAGACGGGGACGGUCAACCCCGGCGGCGCGGCGGUCUCACCCAACAACGCCCUCAUGACGCCCACCCCGCCGCCAAUGCCGCAGAAUUACUCGGGACGGCUGGCCAACACGCGGCUGGAGAUCGACAACUUGGUCAAGAUGCAAGCUCAGCAGGACCGGUCCGUGCAGAAUCUCACGCACUUGCUCCAACCGCUGAGUCCCAACGGCAACAUUCCGGGGCUUGGAGCAGGCCACGCGGCCGACCCGAACCUCCCACCUCCGCCACUCGACCUAGACCAAAUAUUCAACGACGACUACUUCACCGACAUUGCCGACCUGGAACACAACAAGAACGAGCUUGACUUUGCCGCGACCAGCGGGCAUCCAACCGCCACCUCUGCCUCGAACGAGAGCGUGCCCCUCACCACGGCCGACGACCUCGCCCAUCCCCACAACCACAACUCCUCCACGCACGACUUAUUCCACUUUGAUCAUAUCCCCGACGACGGCGACCUGUUCGAUCCCUCUACAGGUAGCCAAGGCGGAUACUUUGGAUUAGACGGGGCAGGGUACAACAUCGAACCCACCCAUCCCAUCACGACCACCAACCCCGCAACCAACAUCAAUAAUAAUAAUCAUAAUACCACCACUACCACCACCACCAACGGCAUGCUCGACUCCGACCGCAUCGUCGAAACUCUCACGGACAGCGAAUCCACCAGCCCCGCCAACACGGUCGACGAGAGCCUGCACUUCCCCUCGGCCGCUCACGAUGACGGACCGGGUAGUGCCUCGAAGAGACGGAAACAGGGGUAA